AUGCUCCCCGCCUCGCUUCCCCUCAGUCGCAUCGCAGCAUUGCUCCCCCCCGUCAGACACUGUACCGCGCAAUUGUCCCGGAGAUAUUUCAGUCUUAAUCGAUCCCUCUCGUCCCCGUCCUCGUCCUCCUCCUUUACUUCAUCCUCGUCUUCAUUCUGCGCCGCACCGCGCUCCUACAGUCGUCGUUCCAUCAUCCAACAGCAACCUGCCCCGCUCACUGCAAGAAUAUACAAGAGAACAUUCUACGCAAAUAUCGACGAUCCCAAGAUGGCGCCUCAGCUGGAACCGUUUUUCAAGGAGGUCGAUAACCUCCAGGACCACUUCAUUGAUCGCCUGAGGAAAGCAGUUGCUAUCCCAUCAAUUUCUGCCCAGGAUGAGAACAGAGGGGAUGUGGUCAAAAUGGGAGACUUCCUUGUCGACGAACUGAAGCGCCUUGGAGCUGAAGUUGAGAAGCGUCCACUAGGAAAGGAGCCUGGACGGGAACAUCUGGACCUGCCCCCAGUCAUCCUUGCCCGCUACGGCAACGACAAGAACAAGCGGACCAUUCUUGUCUAUGGUCAUUACGACGUGCAGCCUGCCCUGCUCGAGGAUGGCUGGAACUCGGAACCAUUCACGCUCACAAUCGAUGAGAAGGGCAGGAUGUUCGGCCGCGGCAGCACGGAUGACAAAGGCCCCGUCCUGGGCUGGCUAAACGUCAUUGAAGCGCACCAGAAGGCCGGUGUUGAUUUCCCCGUCAACCUGCUCUGCUGUUUUGAGGGUAUGGAGGAGUACGGCUCCCUGGGGCUCGAGGAGUUCGUGAAAGCUGAGAGCAAGGCGUAUUUCAAAGAUACUGAUGCCGUAUGCAUUUCGGACAACUACUGGCUGGGUACUGAGAAGCCAUGCCUUACCUACGGACUGCGCGGCUGCAAUUACUACUCUCUCACCAUCUCCGGCCCGGGACAGGACUUGCACAGCGGCGUCUUUGGCGGCACGGCCCAUGAGCCCAUGACGGAUCUGGUCAAUCUCCUUUCCAAGCUGGUGGACGCUCAAGGCAACAUCCUGAUCCCAGGCAUAAACGAGCUCGUCGCCCCAGUCUCCGAGGAUGAGAAGAGUCUGUACACCAACAUCAGUUUCUCCAUGGAUAACCUGCACGAGUCUCUUGGCAGCACCACCUCCAUCUUCUCAGACAAGGAACCCACCCUGAUGAGACGAUGGCGGUACCCAUCUCUCUCCAUCCACGGCGUGGAAGGCGCCUAUUCCGCCCCCGGCGCCAAGACAGUCAUCCCCGCGAAAGUUAUUGGAAAGUUCUCCAUCCGCACCGUGCCCAAUAUGGAGAGCGAGGAUGUGAACCGGUUGGUGUUUGAUUAUAUCAAGGCCGAGUUUGCCAAGUUGAACAGCAAGAAUACGAUGGAUUGCUCGCUGCAGCAUGACGGGAAAUGGUGGGUCGCUAGCCCCAAGCAUUGGAACUUCCAGGCUGCGAGUAAGGCGGUUAAGCAGGUGUUUGGUGUUGAGCCGGAUAUGACGAGGGAGGGUGGAAGCAUCCCCAUCACCCUGACCUUUGAAGAAGCCACGGGCAAGAACGUUCUUUUGUUGCCCAUGGGCAGCUCCACGGAUGCCGCACAUUCCACCAACGAGAAGCUGGACACGCGCAACUAUAUUGAGGGUACCAAACUGAUGGGUGCCUAUUUACACUAUGUUGCUGAGGAGCCUGCUACGGCGUAA